AUGUUCUUCGACGCCAUGCGCCGCAAGGGUCUGGGCGCCGAGGUCGAGGAUAUGAAGACCGUGGUGCCUAUCCACAAUGCCGUCAACGAGAGGGCGUGGAAGGAGAUUAUCGAGUGGGAGAGGCCUUACUUUGCCGGAACUCCUUGCGACGGUCCCAAACUCCACUCCUUUGCCGGCCUCAGCACCAAAAUGUCUCCCAAGGCCCGCAUCAACACCAUCCUCGGCUACACCGCGCCCUUUGACCGCCACGACUGGAUCGUCGACCGCUGCGGCACCCGCGUCGAGUACGUCAUCGACUUCUACGCCGGCCGCGCCGGUCCCAACGCCGCCGCCCCCGGCCCCAGCUUCUACCUCGACGUCCGACCCAAGCUGAAUACGUGGGAGGGCGUCAAGAUGAGGUUCUGCAAGGGUGUCGGGCUCGUUUGA